UCUUGAGGUGUUCUGUGGAGGAAGGAGGUGAGACCAUCACAUAUGAGUGGACAUCAAUGGGACCAGGGGCUGCUGUGUCCCACGUGGGGUCAGUCCUCUAUGGCUCCUGGAGUCUUCAUGACCUGGAUUGGAUCUACACUUGCACAGCUCUGAAUCCUGUUAGCUACAGCAACUCUACUCCCAUCCUUGCUGUGCAGCUUUGUGCAAGUUCCAAGGCAGCUGAAGGCAUCUAUUGUCCAGUGAAAUGGAUUUUCCUGGGGAACAGGUUUCUUCUCCUUGUGUUCCUUGGUGUCCUACGAACUUGGCAUAUUCAGGCACAGGUGCUCAGCAAACCCUUGAGGCCUAACUCAGGGUAAUAAGAGGCCACCAGUACCCCAAAAGAGCCAGGCUAUGCCCAACUGAGGCCAUUACUUUCUGUGGCUCAAUUAAAUUACAUUUAUUGACCCAUACUCUU